UUCAACAUAUUGUUCCGAAUGUAGCAGCGGUGUAGAUGUCUGUCAAGACUGACAAUCCUUCUAGCAUACCCGGACAGCUUAAAAUUUUAGCGCAGAGUGUACGAAACUUCUGCAGCAGCAACAGGCCCGCCUCCGCCAUGGAGUGCUACAUCUGCGACAUUUGCAUCGAGCAGUUUGACCUCGGCGAGCGGCUGCCCAAAGUGUUGGCGUGCGGGCACACGCUGUGCCUCUCGUGCGUGCGGCGGCUGCCCGACAGGAGGUGCCCGACGUGCCGCAGGGAGUUCGACAGCCCGCCGGAGGCGCUACCCAACACCUUCGCCCUGCUCCCGUUCCUGCAAGGGCCGAGGCUGGACAGUGUCGUGCCGCCGAGUGCGAGGACAUUCCAAGUGGCUGCGGAAUAAGAAUUUCUCAUCAUAUUUAUAACAACUGCAGUGAAAAAUACACUAUGUUUCUACGAAUACA